AAUAUCCUCUUUCAAUCACUACCCUUUGAUCGAUCCUACUAUGCAUAUGGAAUUCCAGAAUCUUUUUAUGGUAGGUUAUUUCCAUCGCGAUCUAUACAUUUUGUACAUUCUUCUUCCGGUAUAUUAUCCAAGAUUCCAAAAGAAUUGGUAGAUGAGAAAUCCCCAACAUGGAAUAAGGGAUUGAUUCACUAUGUUGGUGCAUCAAAUGUUGAAGUAGUGAAUGCUUAUUUUGCUCAAUUUGAAAAGGACAUGGAAAUAUUCUUUAAUGUAAGAGUUGAGGAGAUUGUUCAAGGAGGAAUGAUGGUGCUUAUCACAGCAUUUUCGGGUUAUAUACGUCUCAUGAGAUUUUUUGGUUCUAGUCUUAUGGAUUUGGUGAACAAGGGAAAGCUAGAUGAAUCUCUAGUUGACUCAUUCAAUUUGCCAUUGUAUUAUCCCUCUCCUCAAGACAUGACUAAAGUAGUGGAGAAAAAUGGACCUUUUAGUAUUGAGAGAAUGGAAUUGAUAAAUAUCAAAUCAAAUCUUGUGGAUGAGGCUGAUGCAAAAACUUUAAUGACAAGUCUAAUAAGUUCUAUAGAAGGAGUUAUAAUCAGUCAUUUUGGAAGUAAAAUAGUAGAAGAAGCUUGUGCAAGAACAAUUCUCAAAAGUGAAGAAAUUUCAGAAUGGAUGAAAGUUAAUAAUGAGAAACCAAGCAUAUUGUUUGUUGCUUUGAAGCGUAAAUGGAUUUCUAUAUAA